CUCUCUCUCUCUCUCUCUCUCUCUCUCUCUCCCUCUCCAUAAUUUGCAGUCGAAGUUGCACUCAACAUGAGUUUUGAGGAAACUUACAUACGCACCUUUACACCUUAUAUAUAAGGCCCUCAAGCCCAAACUCUUUAAACACACUUCUCUCUUCUCAUCUCUCUAACCUUUCUCAUUCUCUCUCUCACCCAACAUUUAGGUAUGGACUUUCAGCCAAACACAUCCCUACGUCUAAGCCUACCAAGUUACAAGAAUCAUCCACUAAACCUGGAACUUGUCCUCGACCCUUCUUCUAUGUCUUCCUCCUCUUCAUCUUCCACGAACUCAUCAUGUUCGGAGCAGCCUAGGGUCUUCUCUUGUAAUUAUUGUCAAAGAAAAUUCUACAGCUCUCAAGCUCUAGGUGGCCAUCAAAACGCUCAUAAGCUAGAGAGAACCUUAGCCAAGAAGAGUCGUGAACUCUUUAGAUCCUCAACUACUGUUGAUGUCGAUCAGCCUUAUCCAUUCUACGGCCGGUUUGAGCUCUACGGCCGUGGCUAUGAAGGAUUUGUCGAAAGUGGUGGCCCCAGGGACUACUCAGGCCGUCGUGUGCCGGAGAGUGGUAUCGAUCAGGAUCAAGAGAUGAGUCACCUUGACUUGUCGUUAAGGCUUUAAAAUAAUCUUCUAUUUGUUUGUCGUAUAAUCGUUCAAUGUUAAUCCUUUAAUUAAUCGCUUUUCGAUAAGUCUAUGUCUUAUUAGUCAUUUUUCUUAUAUUAAAUCGAGCUCACGUUUGUAGCUAUAGUCCUAAAUUCAAAUCAAACUUUGGUUUUAGA